CCCCCCCCCCUCCCACGCCCCCUCCGUGCGAGGACCGAGGAGAGAGGCGUGACGGCGCGAGCAGAGAGGAGAGGGGAUCGCGUUGAUAAAAAAAAAUAAAAUAAUCAACUCUUUCUUUCCUGUGAGCUUUUUUUUUUUUUUUUUUUAAAUUCAAAUGCUCAGGUGCGCUGAACUUCACCAGCUUGGAUUUAUUAUCCGCCGCCGUUUGCUUAGUUGUUUUCAACCUGACAACAAGGAGAGAAGAAGUGCGUUUUUUUAAUCGCUGGGAUUCCGGACUUCUGCACUGACUUUUCCCGCAGUUUUGUUUUGUUUUUCAUCAAACAUGGAUGUGUUGGCGAAUUACAGUAUUUUCCAAGAACUCCAACUCGUUCACGACACUGGUUAUUUCUCCGCGAUGCCUUCCCUGGAGGAGAACUGGCAGCAGACGUGUCUGGAGUUGGAGCGAUACCUGCAGACGGAGCCCAAGCGACUCUCGGAGCUCUUUGACGAGGAGCUGGACGGCCUCUUGACGCCUACCUUCAUGCAAGGGGGGGACAGCGAUGAGGACCUGAUGGACCCCCUCCUUCCCAGCCUCUCCGACCAGCCCAGCCCGCCUCCGCUGCUGGUUUCCAUCCCCAAGGUCCAGGCCAAAUUCCUCCAGGUGCCCCACUCCAGCAAGGUCCUAGCAGAGGUGGGGACCGAGACCCUCACACCAAAGGAACAGGUCCUGGCAGGAGUCAGCGCGGCACAGCUCAGCGCCGCCGUCACGUCGCUGACACCGCCGUCGUCGCCAGAGCUCGGGCGCCACCUCAUCAAGUCCACACAGACACUGACCGCCACGGCGGACGGCACGCUAACGCUCAAGUUCGUGGCCAAGAAAGUAGGGUUGGGGGCGGCCAAACUGGUGGCGUUGCCAUCGCCGCCGAGCCGAGGCGGGGCCCUCAGCGAUGGCGAGCAGGGAGGAGGGGGCAGUCAGGGAGGAGACGUGCCGGAGAACAAAAAGAGGGUCCACCGGUGCCAGUUUAACGGCUGCAGGAAGGUUUACACCAAGAGCUCCCACCUGAAGGCACACCAGAGGACCCACACAGGUGAGAAACCCUACAAGUGCUCAUGGGAGGGCUGCGACUGGCGCUUCGCCCGCAGUGACGAGCUGACGCGACACUACCGCAAACACACCGGAGCCAAGCCAUUCAAGUGCAACCACUGCGACAGGUGUUUUUCCCGCUCGGACCACCUGGCCCUGCACAUGAAGAGGCACAUCUGAGGGCAGAGAGAAAAGGAGCGCGAGAAGGAGAAAUGAGAGGAGGAGGAAGAGGAGGAGGAGGAGGAGGAGGAGGAGGAGACACGAGGAAGAUAUGGACUGGGGCACCGAAGCAACCCACCGCCCGCCUUGCUCGCCCCACGGCGCCUGCAGGGGCGGCGCGUCCACCCCCCGAGAGGGAAGGAGCGCCGGAGGGAAGCGAGGAGUAGCUAGAUUGUUGUUCUUUUUUUCUCCCCCUUUUUAAAACUACACACUUGCAACAGCGAACACCCAGCACGCACGUCUUUGAACGCAUCAUCCCGGUGAACCCCGGGCCGCCGUCCCGCGGCUCCGGGGGCUUUGGACGCUGCCAAACCAACACACACGUACAUUACUUGAUUGACACAUUAACGCCGCCUUUGUUUCUUUCUCUGUAGUCAGUGUGUUUGAACCAUAAAGAACGCUGUAGGUGAGGAGAUUAGUUCAGUGAGGACACUUUAAAUAUACCAUA